CACCGUGGACAUCGCUUUUUGCGAGCACGUGACCACAGAAGGCGCUUAGUGGCAUUUAAACAUCACCCAUUGCGCUUUCCGCCACCAAAAUAGACUCACGAAGCCAAACGGAAUCAAACGGCAAACGUCUCUAUGUCGAGUGGACGCUAUUUCCCUUCCUAACGCCGAAUGACACUCUCCUUCGUAAUUUUUGAAUUUACGGACUUGUUUUUUCCCCCCUCUCAUUAUUUUUGCCACCUGUAGCUAAGAGUGGGUAUUUUUAAGAAACGCGUUAUGGGAUUAUUGCGCAUCCGUGCGUAAAGGAGUGGAAACGGGGCUAAAUCCCAUUUGAGGGCGCGUAAACCUCCUGGAGUGGAAGCGGCAUGCAGGAUAGAAAGGAAUGCGCACUCACAUAGGAGAGAGGUGAUCCACAAAGAUCGCCAUUUCUCUCGUUUGUCAUAUUUCUGGGAGGACGAGGAGGGAAGGGAGGAAGAGGCGGAGGGGGAGAGAGAGCGCGUCGCUGAGCAGCCAUGGGCAAAGAGGAGUGUAAAACUAUGCUGGACGCCCUGAAUAAAGUGACGGCGUGCUACAGGCACCUGGUCGUGGCUCUGGGCAGUACGUCGGACUCGCAGAACUUGCGCGAGGAGCUGAAGCGGACCCGCAAAAAGGCGCAGGAGCUCGCCGUGGCCAACCGGACUAAACUGACAUCUCUGCUCAAAGACAAGAGCAUCAGCAAGGAGGACCGCGCUGAGUACGAGCGGCUAUGGGUGCUCUUCUCCAGCAGCAUGGAUCUACUGGAGGUGGACAUGAAGCGCUCGCUGGAGAUAGGCCAGGACUUCCCCCUCAAGGUGCCCACCAGGCACCUGAUUCAGACUGGCAUGACGGGCAGCACCAGCACGGUGGCGGCGCGCGCCAUGAGCGUGCAGAACAUGAAGUACGAGGCGGACAGCAACAUCGACACGGCCGACCUGCGGGACCUGCAGGCCGAGAUCGGCCAGGUGAGUCAGAUGAUGGAGGAGAUGGAAAUGAAGGUGCAGGUGGCGCCGUGGGCCGUGGAAGCCAAGCAGGAGGCGGGCGCAGAGCUCAAGUCCAACAUGAGCGUGGGAAAUUCCUCCGUGGGCAUCAUCUCCAUCUGUGAGGAGGAACCCAAGGACGAGGAAGGCGGGGGAGGCGGGGACUCGGGCUUCGCAUCCAUCUGCGCCGUGGUGGUCUUCUUUGUCAUUGUGACUGUGGCGGUGGUGCUUGGAUAUCUGGUCAUCAACAUGUCCUGAACAACAGCCCGUCCCUGGAGGGGUUAGGUUGGGGGGUGGGGGAGGGGGUGCCUAAUUAAAAAAAGGUUCAGCCAUACAGAGCAGUGGUGUAACUGGCACCAAAAAAAUGCCACUUAACUACAGUACAGUAACUCUCUUACUGUCACGGUGUGCUGUUUCCACAACAAGCAAUGUAGGAGAUAAUACAAGGUGGCAGAGAGAGAGUGAAAACUACAAGAGGAGACAAUGGCGAUCAGGCACAUUUGGAAGUAGCUUUUAGGGUCCAGAGGUUAUUUAUUUUUGGAGAAGGGAAUGGGAAAGAAAACAAAAAAAUAUGUGUAGUGGAGAGUAGAAUAUAUAUUUAUCGUCCCUGUGGGGCAGUUGGCUUAGCUGUACAAUUGCAAGGAACUUCAUGGCAGAUCAUUAGACAUACUACACAAACUGAAGUCCAUUCAUUCGACUCUAACAAAACAAGUCUCACACAAUACAAGACACUAUGCACCCUUGGAGAUCUUUUUUUUUUUUUCCUUCAAUUGACUGAAUGCAUUUAUGGCUUGUGGCACCGGAGAGAAUUUGGGUCUGCCCUAGGCCAGAGGUGGGGCAACAGUAUUCAAAAAACGAUGUCAGAGGGUGUGUAUAACACAUUCAAUGUUAUUUGCCUUUCUCGUCAGUCUGUCUUCAUAAAUGCGUUCAAUGCUGAAAUGGAAGGCAGUAUCUGGCCAUCAGCGACACGUAAUCCAAGUGGAUUAGCGAGACAGCUCAUGUAGCCUGACUACUAUUCCUCUUUGACGCUAGACGAUGCUUCACAUUUAGACUUGUUCUUCUGAUCGAGGGAAAAGCACGACAGGCAAAGGUUUGCUCUUCACGGGCUGGAUGUGAUUUAAUGGGCACCAUUCCAUAGUGUAGCUAGUUGGCAUGAAGCCAGAUUGUUGUGCAUCAAAUCACAAUGCUAUGCUAAUGCUAUCAGAUGGUGGGUGGGGGUCAAUUUUUACGUAUCACACCAGCUCACUGUUAAGCUUGUGCUUCUUUUCAGGGUUGAAUGUAUAUACAGUAUUGCAACAUGUGUAUGUAUAUACGGUACAUGAAUAUAUAUGAAUAGAGGUUUUGUACAGUCAUCUGUCAGAUAAUGUACAUACAAGCAGGUAUAUUUAUUAUAAUAAAAACAAUUCAAAAAGCA